AUGCAUUACACCACCUUGCUUUUUCAGCAAAUUGAAUAUAAACCAGGGCCUUUGAAAGCUGGAGAGGAUGAAGACUAUAUGAGAGCUUUGAAACAAGAGAUGAGAGGACGAAUGAAAGACCUCCCAUUUAACAUAAAACUCCAUGCAGGAAAGGGAGAUGUGGAGAAGUACAAGGAAAAAUACACAAGAGAAAUUAAAAGAAUUGAAGAUGACAUCUGGACACCAGAUUGGAACCGUCUUCCAAAGGAGCUGAAGCCACAAAAGAAGAUAAUUAGGAGGAAAAUAGAUACUAAGAAAAAUGCAAAGAUCUCAAGUAAGGACAAGGAGGAAUUGCUAAGUAAACUUGAUCAACUUGAGAAGAAGGGAGAUGUAAAAUCAGAUGAGGAGGAUGAAGCAAAGGGAGAGAAGAAAGCAGUUGAUGAGGAAGGGGAGGAAGAAGAAAUUGAAGGAGAAUUUGAUGAAGAGCUUGAAGAGGUAAAAGCUUUUACUAAUAGCAAUAUUUCAAGUUAA